AUGGCAAACGAUGUGACGGAGGUGCCUACGCGGCGCAAGGUGCGCCGCAAGGAGCAGCUGGUCGACCAGCUUCCAAAGGGCUUCAAAGCGCUCAAGUUCGGUAUCCAAUCUCACCAAGACAUCGUGAGCCAGGGCGUCCUCGAAGUUUCCGACAACCUAUUGUAUGAUGUCGAAAACCGGCGGACACCAUUCCCCCAUGGGCCGCUCGACCCUCGCCUGGGAACCUCAAGUACGAACAGGGAAAGCAAGUGUAGCACCUGUCAGCUUGGACUACAAGACUGUCCCGGGCAUUUCGGCCAUGUUCGGCUGCCGCUCCCUGUCUUCCACAUCGGAUUCCUGAAAUACAUCCAAUCGACGCUGCAAAAUAUCUGCAAGGAAUGUUCAAGAAUACUUCUCACGGAGGACGAACGGCGGCAAUUCCUCAGGGAGUUGCGCCGCCCGGGAAUUGACAAUCUGAGGCGCUCAUCCAUCCUCAAGCGGAUCAAUGAGCAGUGUAGGAAAGUUAGGCACUGCUACAAUUGCGGCGCGCUCCAAGGCGUCAUCCGGAAGUUGAGCGUUAUGAAGCUCGUCCACGACAAAUUCGCUGCUUAUAACAAGUCAACUGCUCAAAAAAAGAUCGCACCGGAAAGCAAGGUAGAGUUCGACGCAUCCUUUGCCAACGCCAAGAGGUACACUCCCGAGCUAGAGAAGCACUAUCGGAAGGCCAUGGACGAUCUGAACCCCCUCAAGGUCUUAAAUCUCUUCAAGGCGAUUAGCCCAGUUGAUUGCGAACUGCUCGGCUUGGAUCCCGCCGAGGGGAGACCGGAGAUGUUUCUGUGGCAGUACGUCCCGGCCCCUCCAAUUUGUAUUCGACCCUCUGUUGCCCAGGAGAAUGCAAGCAAUGAGGACGAUAUCACCAGCAAGCUCUCCGAGAUUAUUCUUUAUGCUGGACACCUGCGGGAAUCUCUCAAGAAAGGAGUCGCCUUGCCUGUUAUCAUGGAGCAGUGGGAAUUCCUGCAGUUGCAGGUUGGCAUGUACGUCAACAGCGACGUUCCUGGUCUCUACCAGCCGGGUUUCGGCAAGCCGAUUCGCGGAUUUUGCCAACGUCUGAAGGGCAAGCAGGGCCGAUUCCGCGGCAACCUGUCAGGAAAGCGUGUUGAUUUCUCUGGACGAACCGUCAUCUCGCCGGACCCCAACCUGAGCAUUGAGCAAGUAGCAGUCCCCCAGUUGGUGGCAAAGAACCUGACCUAUCCAGAGCGGGUAAGCUUCGCCAAUAUAGAGAAACUCAGGGAGCGCGUCAAGAAUGGCCCGAAUAUAUGGCCAGGUGCCCAGGGAAUUAUCAAGAAGGAUGGGGCAAAGUAUAACCUCAAAAUCGGUAGCGAAGCACUCCGCGAGAGACAUGCAAAUGACCUCGCGUUUGGAGACAUCGUCGAACGGCAUCUGGAGGACAACGACAUCGUGCUGUUUAACCGGCAACCGUCUUUGCACAAGCUCAGUAUCAUGAGCCAUCUUGUCAAAGUCCGGCCUUGGCGGACGUUCCGCCUCAACGAAUGUGUCUGCACCCCCUAUAAUGCCGAUUUCGACGGAGAUGAGAUGAAUCUGCACGUGCCCCAGACGGAGGAGGCCAGGGCAGAGGCUAUCAACUUGAUGGGAGUGAAGAACAACCUUAUUACGCCAAAGAAUGGCGAACCAAUCAUUGCUGCUACCCAGGACUUCAUUACUGCGUCAUAUUUGCUGAGCAGCAAGGACCUGUUCUUGGACCGCCAAUCCUUCACACAUAUUUGCACUCAGAUGCUUUUGGGGGACACGCAUCUCGAGCUCCCUCCCCCCGCAAUUGUCAAACCCAAGCCGCUUUGGACGGGCAAGCAGAUCUUCAACGUUCUGAUGCGCCCUAACAAAGAUUCACCAGUCUUGGUGAAUCUCGACGCGAAGAACAAGAUUUACAAGAAGAAGAAGGACGGUCAAAUCCCGGAUAUGGAUAUCGACGACUCGUUCUUGGUUGUCCGGAAUUCCGAGGUUAUGUGCGGGAGGAUGGAUAAGUCGACCGUUGGCGGAGGCAAGAAGAACUCCGUCUUCUAUGUCAUUCUCCGAGAUUUUGGGCCAGACUAUGCCGCCGCUGCCAUGAACCGUCUGGCAAAGCUAUCCGCGAGAGCGCUUUCACUGCGGGGUUUCUCCAUCGGCGUCGGAGACGUGUUCCCCUCUGGCCCUUUGACAGAGCACAAGGCUCAGCUGGUUGAGGACGCGUACAACAAGUGCGAUGACCUCAUUGAAACUUACAGACAGGGGAAGCUCGAAAAGCUGCCGGGCAUGGACCUCGAGCAGACGCUGGAAAACUCGGUUUCCGGCAUUCUCAGCAAGGUCCGGCAAUCCGCUGGUAACUAUUGCGUAGAGAAUCUGAGCACGAACAAUGCGCCACUCAUCAUGGCUCGGUCAGGAUCCAAGGGCUCUGACCUCAACGUGGCGCAAAUGGUGGCCUGCGUCGGUCAGCAGAUUAUUGCCGGACAGCGUGUGCCUGAUGGCUUCCAGGACCGCAGUCUUCCGCAUUUCCACAAGAAUGCGCGUCAGCCUCCAUCCAAGGGUUUCGUAAGGAACAGCUUCUACACUGGCCUCGUCCCUACCGAGUUCAUCUGUCACGCCAUUUCUGGCAGAGAAGGCCUGGUUGAUACCGCCGUCAAGACGGCCGAGACGGGUUACAUGUCUAGACGGCUGAUGAAGUCGCUGGAGGAUCUCUCAACGCAGUAUGAUGACACUGUCCGCACAUCGGAGGGGGGUAUUGUGCAGUUCCAGUACGGAGCUGACAGACUUGAUCCCGUCGACAUGGAGGGCGAUGCCAGGCCAGUUGACUUUGCGAGGACGUGGAAUCACGCGCAGAGCAUCACCUGGAGCGACGCGGACGCGUCGUUGCUGCCGUGGGAGAUACAAGAGCUGUGCAAGACUCUGCUGGAUGAAGAGCGCAAGAAGUAUGUGCGGCGACAUCUCGUCACAAACGAGGUGCUCAACUACGACGACGAGAAGAUCCGUGACAGCGAGGAUCACGAUGUCUUCAUGGCGAUUGACGAACACGAAAGCGCGAGAGUCUACCUCAACACGAUCCGCGACUACAUCGGAGAACGUGCCAUGAAGUUGGCCAAAGCGCGGAAGGCGGUUGGAUUAGACCCCUGCAUACCGGCAGACGAGGACAAGAUGAGAAAGGAGCUUGAGACAUGGGAGCCGACAAGCAAGGAAGGCGGAUCUGAAAUGCAAACGGACGCGUUUGGCGAGCCGUGCAAGCCACUACAAUAUGUGCUCAGGGAACUGCGGCAUAAGCUCGAGGAGGAGAGCGAGCUCGACGAAGCCACCCGACGGGCACGGACACAAGCCAUGGCGCAGGCUCACGUUGACCGCGUCGCCAAGGUCUCGGAGCGUACGCUGCGGCAGUUCAUCCAAAUGUGUCUCCAAAAGUACAAGAGGGCACGGGUAGAGCCCGGCCAUGCGGUGGGCGCAGUUGGAGCGCAGUCGAUUGGUGAACCGGGCACACAGAUGACACUCAAGACUUUCCACUUUGCCGGUGUCGCCUCUGGCAUGAGUGUCACGCAAGGCGUGCCUCGUAUCAAGGAAAUCAUCAACGCCUCGAAACUCAUCAGCACGCCGGUCAUCACGUGCGAGCUGGAGAACAAGGUAGACCUGAAGGCGGCGCGUGUCGUCAAAGCCAGGAUUGAAAAGACGUACAUCUCGGAUGUCGUAAAGUUUAUCGACGACGAUUGGCUUCCAGACGUGGCCAAGAUCACGCUACAAAUGGAUAUGCGGGUGCUCGCGGAUAUGCAGCUGGGCAUCACCAUAAAGGACAUUGCCGAUGCCAUCAUCAAGGCCAAGAAGCUCAAGCUCAAGGUGGAGCCGGAAGACCUGCGCAUCGGAGGCGACCGGAUCGAGGUGAUCAUUCACAACACUUGGCAGGACGCUACGGCUGCUCGGAAGGCGGCCAAGGUGCGCGCGACGGCAAUUGAAAAGGGCCAGGCCAUUUCGGCCACCAUGGGCGAGUCUGCGGCCGAUUUCCAAUUGCGAGUCAACUUUCUCAAGCGCAUGCUCCCGGAGGUGGUCAUCUCGGGCUACCCGGAGGCAGCGAGAGCCAUCAUCCAGAAUGAAAACAACGAGAACAAGGUGCUUGUGGAAGGGUACGGGUUGCGGGCGUGCAUGACGACGGAAGGCGUGGUGGGCACCAAGUGCGUGAGCAACUCGGUCCUGGAGUGCCGCGACGUGCUGGGCAUCGAGGCGGCGCGCAUAACCAUCGCCAAGGAGAUCGCCAUCGUCAUGGCGGAUAUGAACAUUGACCCGCGGCACAUGGAGCUGCUGGCCGACGUCAUGACGUACAAGGGCGAGAUCCUGGGCAUCACGCGGUUCGGCAUGGCAAAGAUGCGCGACAGCGUGCUGCAGCUCGCGUCGUUUGAGAAGACGCCGGACCACCUGUUUGAUGCGGCGGCGGGCAUGAAGAAGGAUCCCAUCCAGGGCGUCAGUGAGUGCAUCAUCAUGGGCCAGUCCAUGUCCAUCGGCACGGGCGCCUUCGAGGUGGUGCGGCGGUUGGGCAUCAGGGAUCACCAGGUUGUUCCCAAGCCGACGGUAUUCGAGGCCGCGUGGAAGAAGAACGAGAUGGGCAUGAGGAAGAGCAGAAUGGACAAGCGGAGGAGUGCUGUGGCUGUGUGUUAG